GCUCUGACCUGGCAGUACGCGUUGCCUCUUUCCGUCUUCCCUUUCCCGUAUCUUCCUUCCUCCUCACAGCACUCGGUUAUCACGGUAUUUCCCGUUGUAAGUUCGGAUCGUUCUACACUUUAUAAACUCGUCGGUUUCCUUUCUAUUUCGGUUCGUCGGUACAAAGGAAAUUUUCAAAGAUCUUUUUCACUGAAACGAACGAAAUCCUCCGGAACGAUUUUCCGCUGCGCAAUAAAGAACAUUGAGAAUUGGAAUUUUGAUUACAAUGCGAGUAUCGUAAAUGUAUAUAUAUAUAUAUGUUAUUCGAUCAUAUGAUUUUACUAAAGGAAAAUUCAGAAACUAUAAUUUAUUGUAAGACCGAUUGUUUAAUCGUGUUGUUCGUUUGUUUAACACCUGUCGGGUGUUACGAUACGCACAGUUUCGUUUAACACGAGAUACUGCGUAUUAAGAUUUGAAGUAAUCGAGAAGACUAGAUACGUCUAUUUGAUAAUCUUAAAUAAGAGGGGAAAUGUAAGCCAUAUGCGUGAUAAAGUAAGGUUAAGUGUUAUUAGUUUUGUCAUUCUGCACGUAUUGUUGAUAAUAAGUAUGCAACUACUAAAAUAUCGGAAUCCAUCAGUUUCUCUUACGGAUCACUUAUGUAUGAUAGUAGUUUUAAAUACUGCACUUAUGACUGCAAAUUUUACAGUAACAUUCAUUCAAAAUUUAUUUGCAAAUUAUUCUCGUAAUAGUAUGAAGACAGAUGUGGAGACUCUAUUUAUGUUGAAUCCAUUUACGAUGAUUUUCAUUGUUUAUUUAAUAAUCUUUACGAUUAUUAUUGUUAUCAAGCACGACUUCUUUUGGAAGAUACAAUUUAAUGCAUUAACAUGUAUGAUUUAUAGUACAAUUUCAAUGCUAUUUUUGAAAGUCAUGCAGUACUUUCAUUCGAAUAUUUUCACAAUUGAUUCGAUGGAAGGUUUAGAUUGUGGUACAUACAUGGCAUUGAGUUAUUAUCAUGGAUAUUUAAAACUCAUAAUUCCUUCAACUGGUACCCGUCAUAAGGGUAUAAGAGAGAAAAUUGAAAACAUUGAGGAUCAGCAUAAUAUAUCGAUAGCUACUCACAAGUUAUUGAUCUUAAUUCCUGCAUCGUCGUACAUACCACCAGAUCUUAAAGAAGUUUCUAAUCGAUGGAUGGAAAGCGUCGUUGAGUUAGAAGAAGAAAAACGUGAUCGAGCAGGAGUAAAAGGAAGAUCGUAUCGUAAUAACGUAUACAAAAUUUAUGAGGGUGGCAUACAGUCGAACUCCAGUUCUACUUAUAUAGUGGCAGAAGGUGCCACACCCUUGUUGACAUUCUUUGAAAGUCAAAAGCAUGCUCAUUCUGAGUCAGUAAUCUAUAAGAAAUACAGUAAAGAAAUUAUAAAAAAAUUUUAUCAAAAAUUAAAAGAAUUAAUAGAUGAUGACCCGGAAUGCAAAGAUCUUUGUGAAUUAAUUUAUUACGAAGAUUACGAUGAUACUGGUACCAAAGUUAAUGUUGCAAAAGUAAUACUAAAUAGGUUGUCUCAAAUCAGUCAGUUAGAACAUGCAUAAAAUGCACAUUGUUAUUAACUAAAUUUUUAUUCAAUACCUAAGAAACCUUAUUUAAUACAUGUAAAUACGAAAAUGCAAAAUAAAUCUAAGAAGGUCAAAAAGAAUAUUUAUGAAAUAUACCUACUAAUACUGUCAAAAUAUUAUUUAUUAAUAAUGAUACCAAUUUUUUUAAUGUAGCGUACAAAACAAUUUAUUAUACAUUUCUUUUGUUAAUCUGCUAUCAUUAUAUGUUAAUUGUGGACUUUUAAUUGAAUCCUUUAAAAACCUAUGCCUAUAAGAUCCAACAGAGCAUGAUAUACAAAAGGGUAUGUUACUAAUAUAUUUUCUUCAAUUAAAUCGAUUAUCACUAUUUGUAUAAACAAUUGAUGCAAUUAGAACCACAAUUGUAAUCACAAUUUUUGUUACAUGUCCAUUUCAAACUGUUCUGUGGACUCUUCUAUUGCUGGAGUAUCUGUAAUAAAUUUAUAUAAGAGAAUUAUAUUGGACACAUGAUUAUUAUUAUUCAAUAUUAUAAUUAUUUAGUAUUAAAACUUUGAAGAAAUAUUAUAGAUCCAUAAUAAUCUAUUUGCAACAUCUUUGUUGAAAUAUGUUAUGUAGAAUUUUCUGUGUUGUUU